CCCCAUUUUCGAGGAGGUGGUAGUGAGGAAGGACAGUGUACGAGACGCUACCCUACGGAAACCAACGGAUCGCCCCUCUCCGCGAGAACUGCCGGGCAGGCGGCGGGAAAGGGCAAGACGGGCGUCCCGCACGGGAAGGAGCCAGGAAGCCACGCGGGAGGGCGCGCGACGCGCCCCUUUUUCAGCAGUGUGGCGGGGUCGCACGCACGCCCGCCUCGGCGGCUGGGCGCGGUUUGCGACAGUGGGGGUGGCGGCGGCGCUGGCGGCGGCGGCAGCAGCUUUGCGGCAGGCUCGGGCCGGGCGUGCUUGACGGCGGUGUGGCGCAGGCCCCGCCCCCGGCGGCAGGAGCCCGCGGGGAGGCGGAGGAACAUGUCCGAGAGGGACGGCGCGGCGCCGGCGGGAAGCGACAUGCCGGCGGCCAAGAAGCAGAAGCUGAGCAGCGACGAGAACAGCAACCCGGACCUGUCCGGCGACGAGAACGAUGAUGCUGUCAGUAUAGAAAGUGGAACAAACACUGAACGCCCUGAUACACCUACGAACACUCCAAAUGCACCUGGAAGAAAAAGUUGGGGGAAGGGAAAGUGGAAGUCAAAGAAAUGCAAAUAUUCUUUCAGAUGCGUAAAUAGCCUCAAGGAAGAUCAUAACCAACCGUUGUUUGGAGUUCAGUUUAAUUGGCACAGUAAAGAAGGAGAUCCAUUAGUUUUUGCAACUGUAGGAAGUAACAGAGUUACUUUAUAUGAAUGCCACUCACAAGGAGAAAUCCGGUUGUUGCAAUCUUAUGUGGAUGCUGAUGCUGAUGAAAAUUUUUAUACUUGUGCAUGGACAUACGAUAGCAAUACAAGCCAUCCUUUGCUAGCUGUGGCUGGGUCCAGAGGCAUAAUUAGGAUAAUUAAUCCCAUAACAAUGCAGUGUAUAAAGCACUAUGUUGGCCAUGGAAAUGCUAUCAAUGAACUGAAAUUCCACCCAAGAGAUCCAAAUCUUCUCUUGUCUGUAAGUAAAGAUCAUGCCUUACGAUUAUGGAAUAUUCAAACAGACACUCUUGUCGCAAUAUUUGGAGGUGUAGAAGGACACAGAGAUGAAGUUUUGAGUGCUGAUUAUGAUCUUUUGGGUGAAAAAAUAAUGUCCUGUGGUAUGGAUCACUCACUUAAACUUUGGAGAAUCAAUUCAAAGAGAAUGAUAAAUGCAAUUAAGGAAUCUUAUGAUUAUAACCCAAAUAAAACAAACAGGCCAUUUAUUUCUCAGAAAAUUCACUUUCCUGACUUUUCUACCAGAGACAUUCAUAGGAAUUAUGUGGAUUGUGUACGAUGGUUAGGUGAUUUGAUACUUUCCAAGAGUGGCCGUGCCAUUUUACAUUCCCACCAGAAAUGUAAGAAAGAUCCAGUGUCUUCGAGUCUUCGCCGACAUUUGUCUUGUGAAAAUGCUAUUGUGUGCUGGAAGCCUGGCAAAAUGGAAGAUGACAUAGAUAAAAUUAAACCCAGUGAAUCUAAUGUCACUAUUCUUGGACGGUUUGAUUACAGCCAGUGUGAUAUUUGGUACAUGAGGUUUUCUAUGGAUUUCUGGCAAAAGAUGCUUGCAUUAGGCAAUCAGGUUGGCAAACUUUAUGUCUGGGAUUUAGAAGUAGAAGAUCCUCAUAAGGCCAAAUGCACAACCUUGACGCACCAUAAGUGUGGCUCGGCCAUUCGACAGACCAGCUUCAGCAGGGACAGCAGCAUUCUCAUCGCCGUGUGUGAUGACGCCAGCAUUUGGCGCUGGGACCGACUGCGAUAAAACACGUUUUUCCUCAUGAAAAUUAGAGUAUGUUUUCUGUGUAACAUGGGAUUAAUGUAUCUUACUAGUAAGAGCACAUAGAACAUUUAGAGUUGUCUUUUGGCAUUCAAUCAGGCUGAGCUGAAUGUAGUGAUGUUUACAUUGUUUACACUCUUUGUACUGUCUCCUGCUCAGACUCUACUGCUUUUAAUAAAAACUAUUUUUAUAAAUGUUUGUGUAUUUUAUUUUCAUUGUGAUGAAUUGUUGCAAGCAAUAAAUUUUUGUCAUGU